AUGGCGCGAAAUUACUAUCAAGUUUCGGACUCCAUAUUGAAAGAUUUAUGUUGUGUCAAAUGUCAAAAAUAUUUGACAGUGGGACCCAUAGGGUUUGAUGGACAGGGUGGCAACACUUGCGGUAGAUGUCUCUGUGAAAAAAGGUCAACUUUUUCGUUCAUGGAAUUUUCCGGAAACCCUUUGGAUUUCGAGAACCAGAUUCCAAUGACUUUAAUGUCAUACGCCAGCAGCCCAAACAUACGAUUCCCUUGUGUUAACAGAUAUGAGGGUUGCAAUGAAUUAAUACCGUUUUGUAGAAUGAGGGAACACGAGGAAAUUUGUGCCGGUUUUGACAGAAAAUGUUUGAACUGUGAUUAUUUAGGAGUAGGCACACAACUUAUUCAACACUACAAAAAUAAUCACAAACAUUUACUCAUAACAAAUAAACCGUUUGUUUUGGAUCUAACCGGUAAUCAUGCAACAAAAUAUUUACACGCAAAUCAAAACAAUAUUUUUUGUGUUACUGUUAAAUACACCAAAAAUCUUAAUCAGUUUGUUGUUGAAACUUUAUCGCAAAGUCCUUGCAGUAGACUUGGUAGAAUCAGCCUUACUUUUUACAUGAAGAGUUUUUAUAAGAAACCGUUUCAAACUAUAACUUUGAAGACCGACUUGUUGGAUAUUAACGAAAACAAAACCUUAAAUAUUUCUUUUAUGUAUGGGGAUUACCACAUAGAUGACUUUGAUAAAAUGUACUGUCUAUAUAAAGUUUUAUUUGAAUAA